ACCACCUUUGGCCGGUGCGUCUUCGCUGCGCUCCCUGGGUCUCGCUUGGCUGGUCCUCUGCCUCCUCCGGGGGCCGGGCAAUGGGCGGGGAAGGGGACGGGCCGUUUAAAAAGAGGCCAGCGCGGGGCCGGACAGCCUCUGCCGGCGCUGAGGUGUCCGCUCAUCCCGGCCACGGCGGAGUAGGCGCCGCGGGGCCUCAUUGCGUGCUGCUGUCCGGACCCCAGAGGUUUGUCAAAGACUUUUGACCCAGAAAUCAACAAGAGCUGCUCCAAACUAGGAGGUAAGAAGUGCAUUCAAGCUGCUCAAGAAAGCUGGAAGUGAGAAGAUAAUUACAGACUGUUUACACUGAGGAACGAAGAGCUACUGUGUCUAUCCAUCAACCUGAUUAUCUGCUUAGGGAAGCGGAACCAUUUGUCUCCGGAAAUGUCUUUGGAAAGUAAAGAGCAACAUGACCUUUCACCCAGGGACUCAGCUGAAGGAAAUGACAGUCUUCCAUCUGGUGUCCUUCUGAAGCCUCAAAAGGAAUCAAGUACUGACUUGAAGCAAUUUGAGACCAAUGAUCGACGCAGUUCUUAUCCUAGGAUCCAUAUGGAGCCUCAGGAGAAAUCACAUACUAACAUCAAGCAGUUUGUCAUCAAAAAGCUACAGAAGAGUUGCCAGUGUAGCCCAACCAAAGUUAAAAAUAUGAUUUUUGAUUUCCUUCCUGUUUUGCGAUGGCUCCCAAAAUAUGAUCUAAAGAAGAACAUUCUAGGAGAUGUGAUGUCUGGCUUGAUUGUGGGCAUCUUAUUGGUGCCCCAGUCCAUUGCUUAUUCCCUUUUGGCUGGCCAAGAACCUAUUUAUGGACUGUAUACAUCUUUUUUUGCCAGCAUCAUUUAUUUCAUAUUUGGUACCUCCCAUCACAUCUCUGUGGGCAUUUUUGGUGUACUGUGCCUUAUGAUUGGUGAGGUAGUUGACCGAGAAGUACACAAAGCUGGCUCUGAUAUUGCUCCUUCUUUAGAAAUUAUUUUAAAUAGGAGCACACUAGUAAACCAGACAUUAGACAGGGUAUGUGAUAAAAGUUGCUAUGCAAUUAAAGUUGGCAGCACUGUAACCUUUAUGGCUGGAGUUUAUCAGGUUGCAAUGGGCUUCUUUCAAGUGGGCUUCGUUUCUGUCUACCUCUCCGAUGCCUUGCUGAGUGGAUUUGUCACUGGUGCCUCCUUCACUAUUCUUACAUCUCAGGCCAAAUAUCUUCUUGGGCUCAGCCUUCCUCGGAGUAGUGGCGUGGGCUCAUUUAUCACUACCUGGAUUCAUAUCUUCAGAAACAUCCAUAAGACCAAUCUCUGUGAUCUCAUCACCAGCCUUUUGUGCCUUUUGGUCCUUCUGCCAACCAAAGAACUCAAUGAGCGCUUCAAGUCCAAACUCAAGGCACCAAUUCCUACCGAACUAAUUGUUGUCGUGGCGGCCACUUUAGCCUCUCAUUAUGGAAAACUAAAUGAGAAUUACAAUUCUAGUAUAGCUGGACAUAUUCCCACUGGGUUUAUGCCACCGCAAGCACCAGAUUGGAGCCUAAUUCCUAGUGUGGCAGUAGAUGCAAUAGCUAUUUCUAUCAUUGGUUUUGCUAUAACUGUAUCACUUUCUGAGAUGUUUGCCAAGAAACAUGGUUACACGGUCAGAGCAAAUCAGGAAAUGUAUGCCAUUGGCUUUUGCAAUAUUAUCCCUUCCUUCUUCCACUGCAUUACUACUAGCGCUGCUCUUGCAAAGACAUUGGUUAAAGAAUCAACAGGUUGCCAAACUCAGCUUUCUGCUGUGGUGACAGCCCUUGUUCUUUUGUUGGUUUUACUGAUAAUUGCACCUUUAUUCUAUUCCCUUCAGAAAUGUGUCCUUGGUGUGAUCACUAUUGUAAAUCUUCGGGGAGCCCUUUGUAAAUUUAGAGAUGUUCCCAAGAUGUGGAGGGUUAGCAGAAUGGAUACAGUUAUAUGGUUUGUUACUAUGCUGUCCUCUGCAUUGAUAAGCACUGAAAUAGGCCUGCUUGUUGGAGUUUGUUUUUCUAUGUUUUGUGUCAUCCUCCGCACCCAGAAGCCAAAGAUUUCAUUGCUUGGUUUGGUGGAAGAGACUGAAAUCUUUGAAUCCAUAUCUGCUUACAAGAACCUUCAGACUAAGCCAGGCAUUAAGAUUUUCCGCUUUGUAGCUCCGCUGUACUACAUAAACAAAGAAUGCUUCAGAUCUGCUUUAUACAAAAAAACUCUAAACCCAGUCUUGGUAAAGGCAGCUCAGAAGAAGGCAGCAAAGAUAAAGCUCAAAGAGGAAACGGUGACUCUCGGUGGAAUCCAGGAUGAAGUUUCAAUGCAACUUUCCCAUGAUCCUUUGGAGCUGCAUACUAUAGUGAUUGACUGCAGUACAAUACAAUUUUUAGAUACAGCAGGGAUCCAUACACUGAAGGAAGUUCGCAGAGAUUAUGAAGCCAUUGGUAUCCAAGUUCUGCUGGCUCAGUGCAAUCCUUCUGUGAGGGAUUCUUUGGCCAGAGGAGAAUAUUCCAAAAAGGAAGAAGAAAACCUUCUUUUCUAUAGUGUGUACGAAGCAGUGGCUUUUGCAGUAGAAUCUCAAAAGCAGAAAGGAAUAUGUGUUCUCAAUGGUCUGAGUCUGUCCGGUGAUUGAGAAAGUAGUUGAAAGGAAGAAUGUCAAGCCAAUAGGUUAAGAUUUUAAGUGUGCAACAUUUUCCAAUAAUUUCAAGUUGCACACUUGAAAUUAUUCUUCCUUUGAAGUUUAUGGCCUUUGUAUAUUCUCAAAUGCAGCAGAGCUUAUUGUUGGGCAAAGUUAAAAAGAAGAAAAUGUUGUAGUUUCAAGCUUUCAUACAGAUAUGAAGUAUUUGGGGGAUGCAAUAAAUAUCUACUGAAUUAAAGAGUACAGUAGUCCCAAGACUAUUACCACCUUGUUUUAGGGGCUAUACAUUUGGACUCUUUCUCCUCCAGGCAGAAAAGGAGUGAAGUUGGGAUUUGCAUUAGAAAUAUUUGUGCCUUUGUAUGGCUCUGUAGACAGAAAGGAGAAGAAGUCAGGGAGAGUGUUGAACCUGCCCUUGAACGAGCAGCAUAAGGGGCUUGUGAAGCAUGAGGUCCUAACUAGACAAGCUCGUUCUUGUGCUUCUCUAUUCCCAGUCUUUGUUCCCCAGAUAGCAGUAGGAUCUCUGGAUUUCAGUAGGAGAGAACCAGUCCUAUCCUUAAGGCAGGGAACUGUAGGCACAGUCUCAUUAGGAGUCUGAUGGCCAGCAGGUUUGUGACAUACUAACAUUUUACAGAAUAACCUUGGUAAUAUAUUUAAUGUUUUAGUCAUAGCUUUUUGUUUAAGGUCAGUAGUUCAGCAAAGAGUUUGUCAAAAUUAGAAAUGUUCUGCAUUGGGAAUUCUCUUUUCUGUGGUCUUUAUCUGACCAUUUAUCUACCAUUAAGCUCUGUUUCAGCAUUAAGUUAUCCUAGUGUGUUUUCCCAUGGAAUCUGUCCUAAGCUGGCAUUUCUGAAUAUCAGUUUCAGUCAUGUCAGAUAAAGCAGGAGCUGAUUUUGCCUUUUCUAAAGUAUUUUAAUUUGCUACUGGCGACUGAAUCUAAGAGUUCUUAAUGACUGAGCCACAUUCCCAGCUCUUUUUUUUUUUUUUUUUCUCUUUUUGGAUACAGGGUCUCACUGUGUUGCUAAGGCUGGCCUGGAACUUGUGAUCUUUCUGCCUCAGCCUCCUGAGUCACUGGGAUUAUAGGCAUACACCACCAUUCCUGGCCUUACAGUAUUUUAAAUGAGCUUUGGGCAGACCGUCAAGGACAGAUGGCAAAAAAGAAUGGCUGACAGUUUCCCUUAAGAAUUAGUUUAUUUGGCAGUAAAUUUUAUAUCCCUCCCCCCUCAUAUCAUUUUAGCAAGGGUCUGCUGGGGACUAGAUAGUCUUUCUUAAAUAUAAGCUGCUGCUCUGGAAAAGAAUGCACAAGAGUGGCAAGAGUGCUUCCAAAAGGACAUCAAUAAUUAAUUUGUAUAUGUUUUAGUGAAAACAGUGCUGGUGCUUACUGCCAUAGAUGUCUGUUGAUGUACAGUAAAUAUUGAUGACAGUGACAGCUUUUAACUCAAGUCGCCUAAAACUAUUACACAAAAUAAUUUAGAAGCACAUUUGUAAAAACCCAAGUAUGGAUGUAUUGUUUCUGAUCAUUGGCCACAAGUUGCGAGUUGAGAAAUGGUUUCUUUAGAAAAUCAAGAAUAUCUGACAUUGAAAGCUUAUAAUUCUAUAUCUGGACCUUCAAAGGCAAGAAAAAAGCAGGUUCUCCAAAGUUAGGAAUAGGGGAUUAAUUUAUGUGAGAUUUAAACAUUUAGCCAAGUCUUUUAAAAGAAGUGCAAAAUAAUUUUUUUAGCCUGCUUCUAUGUUCUAAAUAAUUUUAGAUAUUAUAAUCAAGCCUUAUAUACAGGGCUCCUAUUGAGGUGGGAUGCUUUUAAACAUACUAUAUUUGUACUUACUUGACACAUACAUAUAUAUAUUUUCUUUCUUUUUUUUUUUUUUUUUUUGGUAUUUCUGUUUGCUCCAUAAACUGCCAGUGUUGCUUGUCUAUUAUAGGACUCUCCCAUUUGUUUACAUGGAAAAAUACCUUUCCAUUAUCUUGACAGAGCAGUUUCUGAGUACAAAGUCUAGAUUUCUAUCUUCUAGGUGAUUAAUGUUAUGAUUAGAUGUAAUGUUCUGAAUUUUGACAUCCUUUUAGAACUUUUGCUCCCUGAUGUUUGCCCUUUCUAUCCAGCCUUAUGAAUAAUAAUUGUCAAAACCCGUGUCUUGGUCAAUUGCUUUUUGUCCCUUCUUGUCCCUUCCCCAAGCCAGGUUUGAAUUGAGAAUAUUAUAGAUGUCAAACACUCUGACAGAGUAAUGAGUACAUGUUUACAACAACUCUAUAAUCCAGUACCAGCAUAGCCAAAGAAUUUCAUUUUGGUCAGAAUCUGGAAAAUUUCUUAGGAUGAAUGACAUUGUUUGUGCAUUGCCUAAACUUUUACCAAUGUGGAUAUGAACAGUUUGGGAUCUUUAAAUAAGCAGUGAGCAUUAUUCUUGAAUAAUGUUCUGAUUUGCACCUGUCCUACCAAGAUAAAUAAGAGUAAACAAGAGAUUCUGCUUUUAGUAGGCAAUUAUAAGGAUAUUUUAAGAUUUCACUGGAGUUGUUUCAUUCUUUACUUGGACUUGAGGUCUAUGUAAACUUAAAAAUUUUUAACAUCUCUUUGGAACCAAAGGCUAAUUUGCCAUCGUCACUACAACCAAAAACUAGUGUGUGUGUGUGUGUGUAUUUUUUGUUUUGUUUUGUACUGGGGAUUGAACCCGGGGGUUCUAUCGCUGACCUACAUCCCCAGCCCUUUUUAUUUUAAAGACAGUUUUUACUACCAUCCUGGCUGCUUUUUGAUAUUUUUAAAAUUGCUUUGAUACAAAAUUAUUUUGCUUAUUCUAAAUGUGAGAGUCUAAGUGAAGCAUUUUCUUGUUACUUAUUGAUAAAUAUAUAAACUCUAUCUAAAUGGUUAUCAUUUCAUUGAACUAUAGACUGUGCAUACAAUUUGGAUAGUUAAAACUCUUAUAACCUGAUUUUUAAAAUUUGUUACAACAGAAGGGUAGAGUCUGUCAAUGCAGGAAUAGACAUAUGUGCAAGGAAAACAAUGCAGGGAAUAAUCACUGAAGAGACUGACCUAUAAAGGGAGACAAGGAAGGGACCCAAUUGAACAGAAUCCAAUUCCUGGUAAACUCCACACAAUAGUGGAUUAGGAUUAGGUAGCACACCUCUGAGAGCAAGGUCAGAACUGGUUUCUGUUUUCAGAAGGGAAUAGUCAGAUUCACCAAAGCUGAAAGAGCUGGUUUGAACUAUUCUAGAGCACUGUCUUCCCUCUAAACUAUGUGACUCCAGUAUUCUAUGUGAUUCUGAUAUGGUAAUAAGAUUGACAUGUCUAAUUGAUCUUUUUAAAGUAGAACAAAAAGAAAAGGAGGGUUUUGUUUGUUUGUUUGUUUGUACUGGGAAUUGAACCUAUGGAUGCUUAACUACUGAGCCACAUCCCCAGCCCUUUUUUUGAGAGGGUUUCUCAAAAAAGAAAAGAAAAAAAAAAAAAGUUGCUUAGGGCCUCACUAAGUUGCUGAGGCUGGCUUUAAACUUGCAGUCUUCCUGCUUCAGGCUGCUGACUUGCUGGGAUUACAGAUGUGUCCCAUUAUGCCUGGCAAGGUGUUUUUGAUUGACAGUUGGCUUAGCUUUUAAAUGAUAGAGACAUUGAUUAUAAAAAUUUAUUGUUAGAUUUAUAAUAUGGUAAACAGUGAACUUUAAAAAUGUAUGGAAUUGUUGUGCAUUAUUAGACUUAUAAUAUUAAUGGCUACAUUUUAAUAAGAAAAAUAAUUCUGUGCAGGGGUAUUCUCUUAGUAAUUUGUUAUUGAAGAACACACUGUCAACUGGGUGGGUGGCACAUCUAGUAAUCCCAGGUUAGGAGGCUUUGGCAGGAGGAUCUCAAAUUUAAGGCGAGCCUUGAAAACUUAGACCCUGUCUCAAAAAUACAAAGGACUAGGGAUAUGGCUCAGUGGUAAAAUACUCCAAGAUUCAAUCCUCCAUACCAAAUAAGAAAACUACCAUAUUGUCAGGCUUAGCCCUGAUCUUAAAAGUAAGAAAAGGGAUGAAGUGCAUUUCUUGGGAACUUAAAUUCAGUCUCCAAGUUACAGUGAUAAACUCACGUUCUGUGACCCUUCUUAAUGAAUUGUUUUCCUCUAUGUGUUGUUAGAGUUGGACUGUGGGUUCUCUUUACCUUAAUGUAGACAUUACCUUGUAUAUUUGAGGACCUACCCAGGAGUCAGGGACCCUGGGCCAGGUACUGGUACUAUGGUACUCAAUAAAUAACACACUGGGGGGCUGGGAAUGUGGCUCAAGCGGUAGCGCGCUCCUGGCAUAUGUGCGGCCUGGGUUCGAUCCUCAGCACCACAUACAAACAAAGAUGUUGUGUCCGCCGAAAACUAAAAAAAUAAAUAAAUAAUAAAAUUCUCUCUCAAUCAAUCAAUCACUAACUGGGACCCUUAGGGGAUGUGCUUUGUAGAAGAGUGUUGAGUUGAAGCUUGACUGAGAGUUGAGCAGGAGCCAGUGAUACCCCUGGUUUAUUCAAAGGAAGAUUCCACAGGGAAAUGGUAAAAAUCCAGUUGAUAGGAAUUAGAUUUUGCUCAAUUUUUCUGUUCUUUAGUGGGCCCCCCCCCCUUGUUUUUUAUUCUAGUGAUGCCUUAUUUAAAACUGGGCUUAAAAACUGAAAAAAAGGAUGAAAUGGGAACUAGAACACUUAAGCUUUGAACUAAUUUGCCCCCCACCCCUUUUUGGUGGUGGUGGGGAGAGAAGGUAACCAGGGAUUGAACCUAGUGGCACUUAAACACUAAGCCACACAUCCCUAUCCCUUUUUAUUUGUUUUGAGACAGGGUCUUGCUGAGUUGCUUAGGGCCUCACUAAAUUGCUGAGGCUGGCUUUGAACUUGGGAUCUUCCUGCUUUAGCCUCCCUAGCUGUUAAGAUUACAGGUUUGUGCCACCACACCCCUCCCCCACUUUUGCAGAAAGAUUUUAGAUUGCCAUGAAUUACAAUAAUAAAAGGUAGAUGGAAUAGGACAAAAUAACAAACCAGCUGGUUUGUUGUUAUAGCCUAUAUAUCUGUAGAUGGACACAAUACCUUUUUAUUUUACUUAUAUGGUGCUAAGGAUCGAACCCAGGGCCUCAGACAUGAGAGAGGAGUGCCGUAACGCUCAGCCCCAGCCACCCAGCCCAAUUUUCAAGGUUAAAAAAAGAAAAUAAGUAACUUAGAAAUGGAGAAUUUAGAUGUAGGAGUGAGGAAGAUUUAUUUUUAUAAAUAUUUUUAUCCUAAUAAACAAUUUUUAAUUUGCAACUCAGUUUUAAAGGAAACAUGUUAAGUAUUGUUAAGAAAGUAAACAUUACACUAAACAUUCUUCAGUGUGUAUGUCUUUAUUUUUUUUUAAACUUUGUGUAAAAUAGAAGAAUAUUGAAUUAUGAAGACUGAAUCACGAAGAACACCACCAAAUGUCUUUUUAAAAUUAGAGAUGCUGUUUGUAAGUCUGUGCUAGAAUGGGUUUUUACCUUAAGUUUUAAUGAACUUAUUUGGGGAAUUCUCUCUUCCUUAUCCAAUACCCCAUCCCUCAAAUGAGAUACCUGGAAUCAAAUAGCUCUUGCCUUUUCAAUGCAAAUCAAUUGGAAAAUUAUGAUUUGAGUCCUGAUGUUGCCAUGGCUUCUGUUUCUCAGAAAUGUGUAUGUGAAAAUACCAAAAUGGGCUACCUUUGCAACUUUUGUAUGCAAAUCAAGACAAUAUCAAUUUAACAGGUGAAUGAACUCCAUCUUGUCUAUUCUCCAAAAAAAGUAUACUGUCUUUUCCCCCUUUAAUUAUAUUAAGACUGAUGACUUUUAGGAAUAUGUUUAUACUACAUAUUUUUAAUUGAAGUGAGUGCCUUGAUGUUAUUCCUCAUAAGUCAUUGUUUAAUCCCCUUAUGGGACAAGGAUGAGUCAAUAAUGUAUUAUAGCCUAUUGGAAAGGAGGGGAGUUGGUUAAUAGAAAGGUCUUUUUCUGCUGGAA